AAGGUUAGGGCUUCAGUAGCGAGAUGAAGCCAGUGGUGGGGAUGGUGGUGUCAAACAAGAUGCAGAAAUCAGUAGUGGUGGCAGUGGACCGUCUCUUCCACAACAAGCUCUUCAACCGCUAUGUCAAACGAACCAGCAAGUUCAUGGCUCAUGACGAACACAACCUCUGCAACAUUGGUGACCGAGUUAGGUUGGAUCCUUCUAGGCCCUUGAGCAAGCACAAGCAUUGGGUUGUUGCAGAAAUUCUGAAGAAAGCACGAAUCUAUGUGCCACCUGAACCUAUUACCAAGACUCAUGAUCUAGCACCACCUUCAUCAUCUUAAGUUGAAGCAUAACUUGGAGCACAUUCAAAAGGCUGUGAAGAUGGGCCUAGGCAUCAGCUUCAGAGAACUGAUGACAGCAUUGCCAAACCACAAGAGCCCUUUUUGUGUUUUGUUUGAAUUGUUGUUUGCCUCCAAGCAAGUGAAUAUUUUGUAGAUUUUACCUAUUUGAAAUUAGGGAUUUAUUUAUAUCAACCUUAUUGACCAGAUUUUAGGAAAA